AUGUCUUUCCGCGUUGUCAUUGUGGGUGGUAGUGUGGCUGGCCUGGCAUUGGCCAACAUGCUUGAAAAGUUCAAUAUCGACUACGUCGUGUUGGAAGCGUAUCCUGAUAUCGCUCCUCAGGUUGGAGCAAGUAUUGGUUUAUUGCCCAACGGUCUCCGCAUCCUGGACCAGCUUGGCUGUUACGAUGCCUAUCGGGCAAAGGCGGAGGACCAAGUUUAUCAGCACGCAUACUUGAGAGAGCCGACCGGCAAGGCGUAUGGCUAUCAGCAUGAUCUUAUGGCUAUGUGGGAGAAGAUGCUCGGGUAUCCGAUGAUAUUCAUCGACAGACAAAUGCUCAUCCAGGUGCUCUACUCAAAUCUAAAUCACAGAGAGAGGGUUCUCACCUCCAAGCGGGUCAUCUCUGUCGACAUCCUGGAAGCUUCUGCUCAAGUUACAACGAAGGAUGGUCAAGUCUUCAGCGGUGACAUUGUCGUCGGAGCUGAUGGUAUUCACAGCACUGUGAGAAAGGAAAUGUGGCGACACGCGCCUCCUGGCUAUUUCCCCCAUGACGAGUAUUCUAGAGUCCCGGCUUCAACUCUUUGCAUCUUUGGAAUUUCUCACCGCCCUGAUGCCUACCCUGGCGCCAGUCAGCACAACACCCUAUCAGAAGGUCACAGUUACUUUGUCAUGGCUGCGCCAGGCAAUAGAGUUUACUGGUUCUUGUUUAUGGAAUUGAAGGAGACGCUUUAUGGGGAGAACAUUCCGAGGUACACCAAAGACGACGAGGCCGAAAUUGUGAAGCAGCAUUUUGACGAUUACAUUCUUGACAAUAUGACCUUCAAAGACUUAUACGACAAGCGUAUUGUAACCACUUUGGCGCCGCUUCAGACUUAUGUGUUUGAGAAGUGGCACUACAAAAGACUUGUAACCAUCGGAGAUUCCGCUCAUAAAGUCGAUCCCGUCACGGGCCAGGGUGGAAAUGGCGCCAUUGAAUCAGGGGCACUUCUAGUCAAUGCCCUUCUCCGAAAGUUAGACACGAGUCCGAAUGGUCUGAACGAGAAGCAGGUGGAAGAAGUAUUCGCAGAGAUACAUACCGGUAGAUUCAAUCGGGCCCAAGAUGUCGUGCAGCAGGGUUACUGGCUUCAGAACGCCUUCACACAACGCUCAACGAUGGGGAAACUCAUUGCGCAAUAUUUCAUGCCAGCUCUUGGGUCUUAUGGAGUCCUUUACAGAGGUGUGGAAUUUUGCUCUCCGGCAACCAGCUUGUCCAGGCUUGAAACCCCUCGACGUCCUCGGGCUGUCCCAUUCGAAGACGAGCUGCCUGCAAAACCAGUGAAAAGUCUCAACCAGCUCAGCAAACUAGCAUCUAUCGCUAUCACUAUGUGCCUAUGUGCUUUGGGCGCUGACCUAUUGCACUUACCCAAGCGCCUUGAUUUAGCCAUUGACGCCUUAUGCUCAAUGAAAAUAUCAACGGCAUCACUCUUACCGGUCAUUACCUUUGUGGUCAAAAUAGCCUCCCUCCUGGCGAUGGCACUAGUUGAGUCCAACCGAGUUGGUAACAAGCUUACUUCAUGGGUCCUAAUUGCCAUAUUUGCCAUUGUCAACAACUUCCUUGGUCCAGGCGCGUUAGGCCCGCUGGCCGCACUGUUUGCCCACUGGUCAUGCGGCCUCAUUGUCGGAAGACACGUGCCAGUUGAAGCUGCAAGAAUGAUCCUACCGAUCGUCAUAAUCGGGUAUAUCCUUCCGGCUACUAUCGCUAUAUCCAGGAUGGAUUCUACCUCAAUCAUGAUCUGGAAGAAUGCCCCCAUCAUCUGCUUCAUGCUUGCAAGAAGUCUUUUGCCGCUUUCGAACCCUUCAGGAUCACAUAUAGCUGAUGACGAAAAGCUCAAGCUUGAUAUUGAAAGGGAAAGGACUCGCAAUAUGUUUACAAAAGCAGAUUUGCCAUAUAUUCGACUUGUCCACUACUCUGCUUUCCUCAUGUCGGCGGCCACUCAACUGAUCAACGUCUAUCAUCAUGGUAGCCUGAUAAGCUUGAUAUUAGCAGGAAAGAAUGCUAGACUAGCGCUUCUGGGGUUUUCUAGGUACGAUGAUCUGGCUUUUACACUUUCGUCGCUGAUGCUCGCGCUCGGAGCUGCGCCCUUGAGCCUGCGCCUGCGUGGGUACAUCACGACAAGUCAGUCUUUUGCAUCUGCCCUUUUAAUCUGUUUGGGACUUCCGAUCGUUGGUCCAACAGCCACGAUCGCGGGUAUGGCCAUUUACCGAGAGUCCGUUCUCGCGGGAUUUGGACAGUAG